GAGAGCGGUCAUGUAGGGAGGUUGGUCGACCUCUAAAAUAAGUAGCAGUCCCACGUGUCGAUGACAGUGGCGGGCUGUGUGCGAAACUUGUAUCAUACCACUACGGUUCCUUCCAGCCGCUUCCGUCGUCCUCGCAAAUUUCUACUUCAUAAAUAUCCGUUCUUCCUGCAUUUUCCGCUUUCCCCUUUUUUCUUGUCUAUAUCUCUUUCACUCCCCGAUACGUGUAGGCAAAUAAAAACUGACUCAUCGUCACCUAAAAAAGUAGUAGGACAUUUAUUAUAUAAAGAUGCACAACACCGCCAUCAGCCACUUCUCCUCUGGUCGCGCCAUUGCUCACGAACUCUGGUCCAACUUUCCUCGCUGCGUCAAGAUGAUUUUAACCCAUUGGAUAUCUUCUUGGACGUCUGCCAAUAUGGCAGCACUGCUUUGGCCUGGGAAAUCUCUAGUGGCUUUUGGAAAGCCUUUGAUGCGCUGUCGGAGCGCGAGCAGCGGAUUGCCGCUGCUUACAUAAAUGCCCGUCUCAGCGAAGAGCUUCAGGCGAAACUGGCUAAGCUCUACGUAGAGACGGGAAUCCGCGCCGUCUGCAUCGACGACAGUGAAGACGAAGACGAGGAGGAGGAUCCAUUUAUCUCAUUGUGUCCUUUUGCCGGUCGCCGUUGAUCGGUUUUGUUUGCUUUUUUUGUUUAAUAAAACUCUUUUUUUUUUUCAAAGCA